AUGAAUGAAGAUGCAUUUACCAUUAUAUCAGAAACCUCUCGUCUAUCCACUUCCCAGGAACACCUCUUACACCACACAUCCUUCGUCGGAGACACUCCCGCCUCACAAGAUAUGCCAUCCCAGUUCGAACCCGAAAUCCCAAUCUCCUCCGCCCCCAUUCUCAUUCUCUCUCCUCCCGAUACCCAAGAAGUUUUCCACACUCCACCCGAGGCGUAUUCGCUUUCUUCUUCCGACGUUGAUGCUCCUUACUGUCCAGUUAAUCAGGCCGUUGAUGUUGAUUCGGUUAGUUCGGAGUUUAUGGAUUUCGGAAAGGAUUCUGAAUUAGGGUUGAAGAAUGAAAUUGUUGCUCAUUUUGUCCUGGAGAAUGAGCAUGCUGUUCAGGGAGAUGAAUUUAGGGUUUCUGAAAGGGGAAUUUCUGAUUCAGGUGAGUCCCCUGUGAAAAAACUGAAAUUAGGUUUUGAUUCAUUGGGGAAUUGUUUGGGAGGUCAACAGUCACAGAGUGAUGUAGUUGGUGUGAGAAAUUCUGAGGAGGAAAAGUUGGAAAGUCCCCGCAAUGUUGUGGGUGGUGAGCAAGUGAAUGAUGUGAACAAUGAUGAUUUUUGCAGGGAAAUUCCGAUGGACGAUAACUCAGUACCAGAGGAAAAUGUUGAAACUCGAGUUAUUCAAAAUGCUGGGGAUGUUAACUUGGUUGAGGGGAACACUGAAAUCAGGGAAGAUUCUGGGAUUCGGGAGGAUCCGGUGUUGUGUGUGCUGCCAAACUCAAUCCGUUGUCUUUUGGAGAAAUCGACUGCAACUGCAAAUGGUGUGGAAACUGAGAAGGUUGAGGAGAAAAAGAAGUUUUCUGUUUUUGAUGUACUGAAAAUUCUCUCUGAGAACACUGUUGAAGAAGAUGAUGAUGGUCUUUCCAUGUUGGAAGCUGCAAAGCGCUCUGGUAUUACUUUUCCUCGUCCAACGUGGUGGCCGGACCAUAUGAAAUCCAAAAUAUUCAACUUUGAUGAUCACGUUAAAGAAUAG